GUUUCCACCCCUCUGGAUUAAUUCCAGCCUGUCACACACACUUAGACACACAAUGUCACCUCACACACGCCCCCCCCCCCCAACCCACGAACGGCCCAGGACCAGCUCGCCUGCCCCAGGGAUCUGUGAUUCAUCCACUGGGUCCCUCCUAGUUCCAACAGACCAGCUUCCUCCCUUCGCUGGUGAAAUUAACCCGCGGACACUCGCCACACCUAAACCCUCCCGGUAGUCAUAGGUGGACCCAGCACAGACAGCCUUCCACAGAACGUUGUGAGGUCACUGCCAGCAUAGCCAGCCACGCCACCCGCAAGCAUGCGUAAUCAAUCACACGGUCUCAAAGCACCACUCACAGGUAAGUCACAUCACAUUAUGCCACCUCACAAUCACUGCACGUGGCCGAGCUCACUGCUUGAACCUACACGAAUAUGUAGCACAUCCACUUUCACAUACAGAUUUCCUCACGCAUGACACCCUCACAGUCGGUGUCACAUAAUCAUCUGCCUCUCGAUGAGACGCACCCCCGCAUACGUAACGGACUCACAGAAUACAUCUCGCAUCGCAACCGCGGAGAGAACCAUCCAGAGGCUGGAUCUCUCCGCACCAGACAACAGUUCUCUUAAGCCCGCGAACGUGCACAUUGGGGGGUCGGGACAGCCACCGUGUCAGGUUUGAAAUCCGUCCUCAGAGAAAUCUGAGGUUCCGAAUUCAGACCCCCAAACCCAGGUGUGAGCCACGCAAACUGGGUGGUUGUGUCGUCACUCCAAGCCCGAGUGAAACAGCGCAGGUGCGGCCGGAAGUCGGGCGGAAGACCUACCUCUUUAGCCUCCCGGGCUCCUUCCUCUAGGACUAAGUUUCCCAGAGGACACGGCUUUCCAAAGCUACUUCCGGUCAGAACGUCGGUUGAAUGGUCGGCCGCAGAGGCAGUUGAGGGCUUCCCUUUACGGGUAAAGUAGGCAGGGCUCGGCGUGCGGCUUCGCCGGGAAGUCCAAUCAGAACUUGGACCAGAGCUCCUCCUGAGGAUGCUGAAGCAACACUUUCUUUGGACUGUGAAUUUCUUCUAAAGUGGAACUAAGAAGACAACUAAUAAAUACAUUGAAUUCUAAAAAAAAAGCCAUGGCCCAUGGGUUGGUGAUGUUCAAAGAUGUGGCUAUAGAUGUCUCUCAGGAGGAAUGGGAAUGCCUGAACCCUGCACAGCGGAAUUUGUACAAAGAUGUGAUGUUGGAGAACUAUAGCAACUUGGUUUCACUGGGACUUUCUAUUUCUAAGCCAGCUGUGAUCUCCUCAUUGGAGCAAGGGAAGGAGCCCUGGAUGGUUAUGAGGGAAGUGAUAGGAGAACAGUUCCCAGACUUGGUGUCCAAGUGUGAGGCCAAGAAGUUAUCUCCAAAAAGAAACAUUUAUGAGACAGAAUCAUCCCAAUGGGCUAUCAUGGGACCAUUUAAAAGCCAUAGUCCUGAGAAAUCAAUUUUCAGAGAUAUUUGGGCAUGCAAAAGUCAGUUUGAGAGACAACAGGGAAAACAGAAGGGCUAUUUCAGGCAGUUUAUUAUCAACCAUGAACACAUGCCCAUUUUUAGCCAACAUACUUUGUUCACUCAGGAAUUUUAUAAUAGACAGAAAAUCUUUGAAUGUAAAGAAUGUAGAAAAAACUUCAGUUACAAUUUAUUCUUUUGUCCUCACAAAACUCAUUCUAAAGAAAAACUUUAUGAAUGUAAGGUAUGUGCAGAAACUGUUGAUACAUCAUACCUUACUAAACAACAGAGAAUUCAAAAUAGUAACAAGUGCAAUGAAUGUAAGGAAUGUUGGAAGUCCUUUAUUCAUUGCUCACAACUUAAACAACAUUUGAGAAUUCAUAAAGGUGAAAAACACUAUGAAUGUAAAGAAUGUGGCAAGGCCUUUUAUUAUGGCUCAGAACUUAUUCUACAUCAGAGAAUUCACACUGGUGAGAAACCCAAUGAAUGUAAGGAAUGUGGGAAGGCCUUUAUGCAGCUAUCACAAUUUACUCAACAUCAGAGACUUCAUACUGGUGAAAAACCCUAUGAAURUAAGCAAUGUGGGAAGGCUUUUAUUUGUGGCUUUCAAUUUACUGAACAUCUGCACCUCCAUACUGGUGAGAAACCCUUUGAAUAUAAAGAAUGUGGAAAGACUUUCAGGCAUCAAUCAUCCCCUACCAUAAGUCAGAGACUUCAUAGUCAUGAGAAACCCUAUGAGUGUAAAGAAUGUGGGAAGACCUUUAAUUAUGGCUCAGAACUUAUUCUACAUCAGAGAAUUCACACUGGUGAGAAACCUUAUGAAUGUAAGGAAUGUGGGAAGGCAUUUAGGCAGCGAUCACAGCUUACUCAACAUCAGAGACUUCAUACUGGUGAAAAACCCUAUGAAUGUAAGCAAUGUGGGAAGGCUUUUAUUCGUGGCUUUCAACUUACUGAACAUCUGCGACUCCAUACUGGUGAGAAACCCUAUGAAUGUAAAGAAUGUGGAAAGACUUUCAGACAUCGAUCACACCUUACAAUACACCAGAGAAUUCACACUGGUGAGAAACCCUAUGAAUGUAGAGAAUGUGGAAAGGCCUUUAGCUAUCACUCAAGCUUCUCUCACCAUCAGAAAAUUCAUUCCGGCAAAAAACCUUAUGAAUGUAGUGAAUGUGGGAAGGCCUUUUGUGAUGGCUUACAACUUACUGUACAUCGGAGGAUUCAUACUGGUGAGAAACCCUAUGAGUGUAAGGAAUGUGGGAAGGCUUUUAGGCAGUGCUCACACCUCAAAAGACAUCAGAGAAUUCACACUGGUGAGAAACCUCAUGAAUGUAUAUGUGGUAAGGCCUUUAGACUUCAUUCACACCUUAUUCAACAUCAGAGAAUUCAUACUGGUGAGAAGCCGUUUGAAUGUAAGGAAUGUGGAAAGACCUUUAGCUAUCAUUCAAGCUUCUCACACCAUCAGAAAAUUCAUUCUGGGAAGAAACCAUAUGAAUGUGGAAAGGCCAUUAACCAUGGCUUACAAUUUAAUGUACAUCAGACGCUUCAUACUGUUGAGACUUCAGUAAGUUUUCCUCUCUCCCCAUCCUAGUCUAGUAUCAUGAAAUUAUUUUGGGGGAUAUACUUUUUUCUUCUUUAAGGAAAAUGUUGGUAAAAUACUGGGUUUCAUUAGUAUUAAUUUAUUUUAGUAAUCUUUGAACUCUUUUUUUUUUCAAGUGGGAAAAUGGAAAAGUUAUUAAAAGGAAAAAAUUGCUCUGGUAUCAGUGCUAUUUCUGAAUUAUUGUAAUGAUCAAUACUGGAAAUAAAUUUUAUAAAACUAUUUGUUUUCACUGAAACCAGUGAAGUGGGGCAGAAAUAAAAUGAAAACAAUUUCUUCCCCUCCCACAAAUCCCUGAAAUAACCAA